AAACGUAGAAACGUGCGUUUGUUUUACAGAGUGAAAUGGUUUUGGUGUAUAGAAGCAUUAAAGAGAGUCGUCGUGGAAAUUAUAUAUUUGCUAUUGUUUUAUGACGUCUUCGUUAUAGAUUUUGACCGUAGCUAAUUUACACAAUUAUGAAUGCAUUUUGUUUGAGCAAAAAUGUUUACACCUUCGAAAAGAGGCAAUGAACUGUAUUGUUGCAUACGGUGGCUGCGCCCGUAGUACGAGAGGCAGUCAAAACCGAACUGUCCUGCCGAAAUGACACGACGGGCCAUAAUUGUCGACCGAACAGACCGUAAUGGGGAAGGGGUUCUGAGUACCACAGGCACAUACCGAGCAAAAAUCGACUUAAGAAUCCCCUCCGGCUGAAUUACCCUUGUUGCAAGCUACGAGAACACGUAAAACAGGGUAACCUGAUUGUCCAUGUGCUUGUAACAAGCCUUUUUAUAGUUGGCAAAGCGUAUUUAGUUUGCUAGUAUUCCCUAGUUUGGCUACCAGGUAACAAAAUGGUCACGAAUUACAAUUUGCUGGCCUUCAAACACGACCAUGCAUCUGCUAUCUCACAACUUAAGUACAGCAGUAAACAUGUAACCAUUGCAGGCUGGUGUAAUUUCGACCACGGUUUGUGUUCUGGAUGGAAUCAAUCGUCCUCGGAUGAUUUUGAUUGGACGCUGGCCUCUGGCUCGACGCCUUCCUCUUCUACAGGUCCAACCCACGGUCAAGGGGGUUCAGGAAAGUAUAUGUACACUGAAGCUACUGCUCAGUCGGAAGGCGAUAAUGCUAAGCUCCAGCUUGUGGUACCAAGAGGUAGCUCAUCUUCGUGUUUGACGUUCUUCUAUCACAUGUAUGGAUACUCAAUGGGUACUCUGAACGUAUUCAACGGAAAUACUUCAAUAUUUACUGCGUCAGGAGAUCAUGGAGACAAUUGGAGAAAAGUUACAAGGACAGUAAAUUCGAGCGACGUUCUGACAUUCGAAGGAAUAAUAGGAUGGUCAUACGCAAGUGACAUCGCCAUCGAUAACGUAACAGUUAGUGAAGGAAAUUGUCCAGUUAGUAUAUCUUGCAACUUCGACAGCGGGCUUUGUGAUGGCUGGGAGCAAUCUUACUCAGACGUCUUUGACUGGACGCGUCGGACAGGAUCAACAUUGUCUUUAGAUACAGGUCCAGACUACGAUCAUACCAGUGGGACAGGAUACUAUAUGUAUAUCGAGACGUCGUUCCCCCGAGUCGCCGGUGAUAACGCAAAGCUUGAGUUUGCUGUACCUGGAAAUGGAAGAUUUUCUUGUCUCGAGUUCUAUUAUCACAUGUAUGGAGACACUAUGGGCACUCUUACAGUCUUCAGCGGAAGUGCGGUAGUUUUUAACACAUCAGCUAACCAUGGCAACACUUGGAUAAAGGCGGAGAUUACCAUUCAUUUGGAUAGCAUUGUAAGUUUUAAACUGUAGACACAUGAUUUAUCUGGCAAAUCACUGAAAAUUUCAUCCUCUACCUU